GCUAUCUUCGGAACGCCUGACAGGGCAAGUAAAACUUUUCAUCAACAGCCGCCAUCUUUGAUAGUGUUGGUGUUAGCAAAUUAGGGGGAAUAUUACCAUUUUGUCAUCGUUUUGAACGUUUUUAAGCAAAAGUACUUCGGUAAGGUGAUUUUUUAUUAUCUUAACUUGACGAUGAAUGAAGUUUAGGUGGACAGACAGCAGUCUGCAGAGAGUGUUUGAAAAGAAAAAAUCAACCUCGAGCGGCUUUGUGACGGCACCUAAGGAGUAUCUGUAGUCCGCAGUCCCGGAUGAUCGGUGGAUAGGUGCGUUAAGCAGAAAUGGGAACAGGAGACGAGACUUGGACUUCCGUGUUUCCAUGUGCAUCGCCCAGAAAUGCAUGAUCGUUAAAUUUGGAACAAUCUGUAUGCAAUUUUAAAAUUGUGUUCGGGUUCAAUGUAAACAUGGCGGAUCAGCUUGUAAACGGGCCUCCGGCCAAGCGACCGAAGAUUGGCUCGCCUUCUCUGACUCCGACCGACACUGGAGAAUUUACCAUCAACUGUUUUGAAUUUGCCAAUGAUCUGCCUGAUGACCUUAUGCAGUAUGAGGGUCAACAAAACACUGUCAGUGAUCAGUCUGUUGUGCAGUCUGGGCAUGAUGGAGGCGUUGGGGGGUCUUUAUCACAGCUGCUUUCUCGAUCAACACCAACACCUCAACACAGCAUGGCCAAUGCCAUCAAUAGCAUAGCAAAUGCUGGUCGUGGAUCAGUGAUGAAUCCUUUAGUCUCACAAGGACUUGGAGCAGUCAAGAGUCCUCUUUCUAUCAACAACAUGUCACCAUCUCAUACAGUGACCAUGAAUAAAGCAUCAACUGUCACAUCUACACAUCUAAGUGGUGCUGGAGAUGGGCUUCCAGGUAUGACAUUUUCAAUGGCCAAUCUACUGCUGGCAGCCCUAUUGUGGGCAUGACAAACACUAUAAACAUGAAACCCAUGGGCUCAAAUCCAGGGCAGUUAAUGGGUGGUGUGCCAGGCAUGAAUAUGGCUCAGCAGAAUGCAGCUCAUCAUAACCAGAUGAUGAAUGGACCAAGCUUUCCACCGGUCAGCAUGGGGCAGGUUAGAGGUUUGGCGCCAACUACUAUCAGUAGUGCCAACCCUCUUACCAUGGCCCAAAAUAACAUUAUAGGAAACUCCAUGCCACAGAUGCCAGGUCACCAAAACAUGGGCCACAUGGGCAUGAAUGUCCCUCAGCAACAGCCUCAGAUAGCACGACCGGGUCAGCCGCCUCCUGGAGGAACAGCUCCACGCCAGCCUGCAGCAGACCCAGACAAAAGCAAGCUAAUUCAACAGCAACUAGUAUUGCUGCUACAUGCUCAUAAGUGUCAACGCCGUGAGCAGACUAAUGGAGAGCAAGCCUGUGGACUUCCCUACUGCCGUACCAUGAAAAAUGUUUUAAAUCAUAUGACCACCUGCAACAAAGGAAAAUCCUGUGAUGUUGCACACUGUGCAUCAUCAAGACAGAUUAUCACGCACUGGAAGAACUGCACUCGCACAGAUUGUCCAGUUUGUUUACCAUUGAAGCAUGCAUCAGAUAGAAGAAACACAACAGGAACAAGCAUUGCACAGAAUCCAACAAUGGCCUCUGCAUCCAACCCUCCCUCUACUGGGGUGACAGAUGCAACAAUGAGGCGAGCUUAUGAUGCUCUUGGUCUUCCUUACAAUCAGCAGCAGCAGCAGCAGCCACACACUGCACCAACCAUUGGGCCAGGACCAUCUCAGCCACCGGGACCAAUGCCGGUCGCAACCACUAAUGCCCAGAUGCAACAACCUAUGCCUCUUAUCCCAAACAAUCCACAGCAACAGCUAGUAGUGCAGGGCCAGGCAGUUGCUCAGGGACAAGUUGACUUGACUGUUCCACCCACAACUAGAAAAGAUUGGCAUGCACAGGUCACGCAAGAUCUGCGCAAUCAUCUUGUUCAUAAAUUGGUGCAAGCAAUUUUUCCCACGCCAGAUCCAGCAGCUCUGAGAGACAGUCGGAUGAAAAACCUAGUGGCAUAUGCCAGAAAAGUUGAAGGAGAUAUGUAUGAAACAGCAAAUGAUAGGGGUGAAUAUUACCAUCUCUUAGCUGAGAAGAUUUAUAAAAUACAAAAGGAACUAGAAGAAAAGCGUAUGCAGCGCAUGCGUGGCCAGAAUGCUCCAGGUGUACCUGGAAACAUGGUUAAUUCAGUGCGUCCUACACCACCACAGAAUGGUCCUCUGUCACACACACAAAUUGCAAAUGCACUUUCUCUGCCAAACGAAUUACUGAGCCCUUCUCUUUCAUCUCGAGGAUCUCAACUGCUUACAACAGCAAUACAUACCACUCCACCUCCUGCUCAGGGACAGGUGGGGCGUGUUAUGCCACACACUGUAGGCCCUCCAGGAAAUGCUGGACAAGUGCCGCAAAUGUCUCAGCACCAACCAGGGCAGAGCUUGGUUGGACAGCAACAUGUUGGCCAGCAACUGCAAAACCAGACACAGCUGGUAUCUCAGCAGACACAGCUAGGUGCCCAACCAUCACAACUGCAGAGUCACCUGACCACCAGCAGCAGUGCUGCAAUCUCAAGUCUUGCAGCAGAACUUCAACAUCCUGUCUCUAACACACCUAACACUGUGACCAUGGCAUUGCACCAGCUACAGUCUUCUCAGCCUCCAAAUAUGCCACCAUCUGCAAUACAGUCUCAGGGCAAGAAUGCCAUGUCUGUGCCCAAUCGUACACCUACACCAGGCAUGGCACCUAAUGCUCGUCCUCCGUCAGUUGGUGGAAUGAAUCAAUUGCCCGUGACACAGAAAUCUCAACCGGGUGAGCAAAACCUGUGUACUGGUGCCAAUGGUGACAUAAAAGUAAAAGUUGAAUCUGUUGCGGAGAAUAACCAGCACCUGUCUAGUCUUCUUUCAUCCAAACCUGUCACAAGCAUUCCAGCCCCACCUGCUGCAGCCCCAUCACUUGUUCAGACUGCAGCAACCACCCCUAUCACACCUGUCACACCAACAGCUGGAGCUGUAAAAAUGGAAGUGGAUGUCAUGGUCAAAGAUGAAAUAAAGACAGAGAUAAAGACUGAAGCUUUAGAUGAAGAUGCUUCCUCCUCGUCACAGAUAAAACAAGAGUUACCUGCUGCAUCAGAAAACAUUAGCCCUAAACUGGAACCGAUGGAUGAAAGCUCUCAAGCAAGCAUUUCUAGUGACACGAAACCAUCUUCAGUGGAGUCUACAGUUUCUACCACAUCUCAGCAGCCCAAACCGAUACCAAAUAAGAAAGUGUUCAAACCUGAUGAGCUUCGUCAAGCAUUGAUGCCAACUCUUGAAAAGCUGUAUCGUCAAGAUCCUGAGUCUUUACCCUUUCGCCAGCCAGUAGACCCAGUUGUUCUUUCAAUCCCUGAUUACUAUGAUAUCAUCAAAAAGCCAAUGGACCUGUCCACAAUCAAGCGCAAGCUUGAUACUGGCCAUUACUUAGAUCCCUGGGAAUAUGUGGAUGAUGUGUGGCUUAUGUUUGACAAUGCCUGGCUGUACAACAGAAAAACCUCAAGGGUUUACAAAUACUGCUCAAAAUUGGCAGAGGUUUUUGAAGCAGAGAUAGACUCUGUUAUGCAGUCACUGGGUUACUGCUGUGGUCGGAAGUAUGUCUUCUGCCCACAAGUCCUCUGUUGCUAUGGUAGACAAUUGUGUACUAUACCCCGUGAUGCAAUGUACUACAGCUACCAGAACAGGUAUGUCUAUUGUGAGAAAUGUUUCCAAGACAUUGAUGGUGAAGAGGUUGAGCUGUCUGAUGAUCCCACGCAGCCUGGAACAAAGAUAAAGAAAGAUCAGUUUGAGAGGUUGAAAAAUGAUCAGCUGGAUUAUGAGCCGUUUGUGGACUGUCAGGAAUGUGGUAGAAAGUGGCAUCAAAUAUGUGCCCUGUACUUCGAACCCAUUUGGCCACAGGGAUUUGUUUGUGAUGGUUGCCUGAAGACUUCCACCCGGAAGAAGAAGGAGAAUAAAUACUGUGCUAAAAGAUUACCAACAACGAAACUUGGAACAUACCUUGAGAACCGUGUCAACAAUUUUCUAAAGAAGAAGGACAUGGGUGCUGGUGAAGUGACAAUACGUGUGUUGUCAAGCUACGACAAAGUUACAGAAGUUAAGCCACUAAUGAUGAGCAGGUUUGGUGAAGAAAUUCCUGAGAGUUUUCCUUAUCGAGCCAAGGCUAUGUUUGCAUUUGAAGAGAUUGAUGGAACGGAUGUCUGCUUCUUUGGGAUGCAUGUUCAAGAGUAUGGCUCAUCCUGUCCACAACCAAACACAAGACGAGUGUACAUCUCAUACUUGGACAGUGUACACUUCUUCCGUCCUCGACAGCUGAGAACAGCAGUAUAUCAUGAAAUCCUUAUUGGUUAUUUGGAGUAUGCCAAACAACUUGGUUACACUAUGGCUCACAUUUGGGCAUGUCCACCCUCAGAAGGUGAUGAUUACAUCUUUCACUGCCAUCCACCAGAGCAAAAAAUUCCCAAACCAAAGCGUCUUCAGGACUGGUACAAGAAGAUGCUAGACAAAGCAAUCAUUGAACGUGUGGUUAUUGACUAUAAGGACAUCUUCAAGGAUGCCAUUGAGUCCAAUAUUACCAGCGCUGUUCAGAUUCCAUACUUUGAAGGGGACUUCUGGCCAAAUGUGAUAGAGGAGAGCAUCAAAGAACUGGACCAGGAGGAGGAAGAAAAACGCAAGCGAGAAGAAGCAGAGGCAGCUGCUGCAGAAGCAGAGGCCCAGGAGGCUGUGGAAGAAACAUUAGAUCCGCAGGAAAAUGACAAGAAGAAAGGUGAUAAGAAAGGACGUAACAAGAAAGCCAGCAAGAGCAAGAGCAGCCAAAGGAAAAACACUAAAAAAACUAAUGUACCACAAGGGGGAAAUGAUCUCAUUACCAAACUCUAUGCCACUAUGGAAAAGCAUCGUGAUGUGUUCUUUGUGAUUCGGUUACAUAGUCAUCAAGCUGCCCAGAAUCUUCCACCUAUCUCUGACCCUGAUCCCCCUAUAAGCUGUGAUUUGAUGGAUGGGCGUGAUGCCUUUUUGACUAUUGCACGAGAGAAGCAUUAUGAGUUUUCAUCCCUGCGGCGUGCCAAGUUGUCUUCUAUGGCAUUGUUGUAUGAACUGCAUAAUCAGGGCCGAGAUAACUUCGUCUACACCUGCAAUAGCUGCAAGGCCCAUGUUGAGACACGAUACCACUGCUCAGUCUGUGAUGACUUCGACCUUUGUGUUCCAUGUUACAAAAAAGAAAACCAUCAACACAAAAUGGAAAAAUUGGGACUUGGCAUUGACGAUUACUCAGGUGCAGACAAACAGGAAAACCCUUCAGAAUCUCGUCGCAAAUCCAUCCAGAGGUGUAUUCAGUCCUUGGUGCAUGCUUGCCAGUGCAGAGACGCAAAUUGCCGCCUGCAUACCUGUGCUAAGAUGAAGCGAGUGGUUGCUCAUACAAAGAGUUGCAGGCGCAAAACAAAUGGUGGAUGCCCCAUCUGCAAGCAGCUGAUAGCCCUUUGCUGCUAUCACGCCAAGCACUGCACAGAGUAUAAAUGCAUGGUCCCCUUCUGUCAACAACUGAAACACAAGUUGCGCCAGCAGCAACUUCAACAGCGUUUGCACCAGGCCCAGAUGCUGCGUCGUCGCAUGGCUAUCAUGACCUCGCGGGAUGUUACUUCAAGCAGCGUUGUCAGCAAUGGCAUAGGGGGAGGAGAGGCUGAUGCUCCCUCACAGCCCUCACCACAGUCAUCUGCACUACACAACAAUCAUCAUGGUGUGGGAGGUAAGGUGACACCAGGCCCUGGCCCACCCCAGGGAGCGAUGAAGGCAGCCCGCGAGGCACAGGAGAUUGCCCAGGCUCAGGCACGACAACAGCAGCAACAGCAGCCUCCGAUGGCAAGCAUGCAGCCCAGUAUCGGGAAGCCUCCUUUGGGGACUAUGCAACCUCCUGUUGCAGCAGCCAGGCCUGGGGGCAAGCCUUCCAUGCCUGGCAUGCCACGGCCAGCAACCGCCUGGGGACACUCAUACAACCCACCGCCACCUCCCCAGGCGCAGCCUCGCAUGCAGAUGGCACCCAUGCGCAUCAGUCUUCCCUCUACCAUGCAGCAGCCGCAGCAUCCUGGACCACCCCAGCAACAUCCUGGCCCUCACCAGGCACCCAUGGGACAGCAGCCCGUGCCAGUGAUGGGAGGUGCGGGUAUGACUAAUCAGCAGCCUGGUGGAUCCAGCACCAUUGGACCAGCUGUGCAUCAGCUAUUGCAGACACUUAAGAGUCAGAAUCCUCCACACUCUGAAGUCCUGGCUCUUUUGAAGAAGAACCCUGCCCUAAUGGCCCAGGUACUGAGGUUGAAGAGUCAGCGGCUGCAGCAAAUGCAGCAGCAGCAGCAGGUGCAACAACAGCAGCAGCAGGUACAGCAGCAACAAGUGCAGCAGGUGCAACAGUCUCAGCAACAGAUGAAGCCCAUUCCCAACAUGCAGGGCAUGGCACAACAGCAAGGCACAUUGCAGCAGCAGCAACAGCAGCAGUUGCGACUUCAAAUGAUGCAGAUUCGCCUGCAGCAGCAGCAGCAACAGCAACAACAGGCUGCUGUGCAGCAGGUGCAGCAACAACAGCAACAGCAGAUGAACCAGUUUGGACAGCCGCAACAGUUUGCACAGCGACCUGGCAUGCGGUUUGCUCAGCCAGGGUUUGUAGGUGAACAACAUGGUGUUCAUCAGUUCCAGCAACAGCAGCAGCAGAUGAUGCAGGUGCAGCACCAGCAAGCCCAGAUCAAGCAGCAGAUGGUAGGAGCUCAGCGACCGUUGUCCCCACAGCACAUGAUGGGUCAGGGGGCUACACCAUCUCCCCAGCAGAUCAUGCAGCAAGUUCGAUCGCCUCCUGCCCCAGGACAGGGUCCAGGGGCCUCUGCGCUUCCCCAGACUGUGCGUUCUCCACAGCCUACCCCUUCACCACGCCAGCAGCCCAUUCCAUCUCCCCGCCAGCUGCAGCAGUCCCCCCACCACAUACCCCCCAACCAGUCCCCACAUCACUCCAUGGGGGCAGCUCAGGAACCCAAUCAGAUGAACUCGGAUCAUGUCAUGCUUCCACAGCUUCAGACUCAUGCAACCUUGGCGCAGUUGCAAAGUCCCACUAAUGCAGACUUGGGCAUGGGUCAGCAAGACUCUGAUAUGGUGCCUCUCACUCCUUCAGACCAACUUGUACAAUUUGUGGAACGAAUGGAUCAGUGAUAAGGGUGUUUUCCAACACAUGGGUGUUUGGGUGUGUGUGUGGGUGGGAGUGUUCUCGUGUGUGUGUGCACACAUCAGCAUUCAGACUAAGCUGAAGUGGAUUUACACUUUACAAAUGCAAACAAUUAAUUUAUGUACUAUAUGAACUCAGAGUGUUCUCUAUUGUAUUUUGUCAUCAUUUUCCAUUUUUGCAGAACAAAGGGGAAAAAAUUAACAAUUGACUAUACUGUUAACAUUUUUAAAGACAAUUCUAAGGAAGUGUAUGUCAUUUUCAUACAUAAGUAGACUACCACGUUUUACAAAUUUAAAGGUACAGUGAAUUAUUUGUCAUUUCUUGUGUUACACCGUAUGAUCAUGGAAAAUUCUUGCAUAUUUGUAUAGCUAGCACUUCUGUCAUAUCAAAAAACAUGUCCGUUUCCUUCUCUGUCUGCUGCUGUAAUUUUAAUUCUGUUGUAUUGCCUGUGUUUGUUUUAGUGGUUAUUAGAUGUAUGUUUUAUCCGGCAGCAAAUGAGUGUGAGAUUGAAGGCUAGAGCUCCUUCGCUACUACUGACAAAAUAUUUCUGAUUUUGUUUCCUGGACUUUUUGAUGUGAUGAUUCUGUGUGAGGCACUCGCAAAUGUCGGCUACUUAACCAGCUUGCUUGCAGUGGCCAUGUCUCCAUGUUACGAGUUUCCCCACUUUGUCAUUCAUUGCCUGCCAACGUUACUGCUCUUAAUGCAGUGAUACAACUCACGAGUGAAUCUAUGUAAAUAAAUAUUUGUGACAUGAAA